UUCACUUAGUAGCGGUCCUUUCGAAGUUCUCAUCUUUCAUCAGAAAACGUUAAGCAUAGAAAUAGAAAAAAAAAAUAGAGCAAAUCCCAAUACAAAAAGUUGCAUUUUUAUUCAGAGAGAGCACCUAAACUAUCAAAAUUCCAUCACCCCUUUUCUUAGUUUUUGGUUUCCUUCAGUUAUUGUUACGCUUUUAUAAGAUAAUAUGCAGGCAUCAACUUUUGCUGUUAAAGGAGCCACUUUUGGGGUUCAUAAGCAAAGGGGCUUGGUGGGUUUUGGAGAGUUCAGAAAUGGGAGUGUUCUGAAACCCAGAGGAGUAUGCAUGAUCAGUAAUUCUAAUUCAUGUGGCUUAAGGGUUGGUUCUGUUACUAUGGAAAAUGAGCUAACUAGUACGAGAGUUGGUUUUAGUGGCGUUUUUGGGUCCUCAGCUAAGCCCAGAUCAGUCAGGGUUCAGGCUUCUGAUGGAGAUAUCGAGGAUGUUGUUCCCACUAUUCCUCAGGGCAAAUCUUCCGGAACUGUUCUACCCUAUGUUGGUGUUGCUUGCCUCGGAGCCAUUUUAUUUGGCUACCACCUUGGGGUGGUAAAUGGUGCACUUGAAUACCUUGCUAAGGAUCUUGGAAUCACUGAAAAUACUGUUGUACAAGGUUGGAUUGUCAGCACGCUACUCGCUGGUGCCACUGUAGGUUCAUUUACUGGUGGAGCAUUGGCUGACAAAUUUGGCAGAACUAGGACUUUUCAGUUAGAUGCAAUCCCUCUAACAAUUGGAGCAUUUCUUUGUGCUACAGCCCAGAGUGUUCAGACAAUGAUCAUUGGCCGUUUGCUUGCUGGUAUAGGAAUUGGUGUUACAUCUGCUAUUGUACCACUAUACAUCUCCGAGAUUUCACCAACCGAAAUUCGUGGUGCACUCGGAUCUGUUAAUCAACUUUUUAUAUGUAUUGGGAUUCUUUUAGCGCUGGUGGUUGGGCUGCCUCUGGCAGGAAACCCUAUAUGGUGGCGAACAAUGUUUGGCAUUGCAGUAGUUCCAUCUGUUCUGUUAGCACUAGGAAUGGGAAUUUCUCCAGAAAGUCCCCGAUGGCUUUUUCAGCAAGGAAAAAUCUCUGAAGCUGAAAAGGCUAUUAAAACACUGUAUGGAAAAGAAAGAGUUGCUGCGGUUAUGCAUGAUUUAAGAACAGCAAGUCAAGGUUCUUCUGAACCUGAAGCCGGUUGGUUUGAUCUGUUUAGUAGCCGAUAUUGGAAAGUUGUUAGUGUUGGGGCAGCACUUUUCUUGUUCCAGCAGUUGGCUGGAAUAAAUGCUGUGGUAUAUUAUUCAACUGCCGUGUUCCGCAGUGCUGGAAUUGCUUCCGAUGUUGCAGCAAGUGCCCUGGUUGGUGCAUCAAAUGUUUUUGGAACUGCUGUUGCUUCCUCCUUGAUGGACAGACAAGGAAGGAAAAGUCUCCUUAUCAUAAGCUUUAGUGGGAUGGCUGCUUCUAUGUUGCUUCUUUCUCUGUCCUUUACUUGGAAGGUCCUUGCACCAUACUCUGGCACCCUUGCAGUCCUUGGGACUGUUCUCUAUGUCCUAUCCUUCUCUCUUGGUGCUGGUCCUGUGCCUGCCCUUCUUCUACCGGAGAUAUUUGCUUCUAGAAUUAGAGCAAAAGCAGUUUCUUUGUCAUUAGGCACACAUUGGAUCUCCAACUUCGUCAUCGGCCUGUAUUUCUUGAGUGUUGUAAACAAGUUUGGUAUCAGCUCCGUAUACUUGGGGUUCUCAGCUGUCUGUGUUCUUGCUGUUUUGUACAUAGCUGGUAAUGUUGUGGAAACAAAGGGUCGAUCAUUGGAGGAAAUAGAACGUGCUCUUAGCCCUUCAACUUAAAAAUCUUCCAGAAAUGAAUGUGAUCAUAAUUCCAAUGCUACUCAGAACUGUUUUGCCUUUGUAACAUUGCAAGAGUGAUAACCGGGCUAACUUGUUUAGUGUACCCAAAUUUUGCUUGUGUGCAAAUAUGGGAACAUGGUGUGAGCUUUGGUCAAGCAUCUGUAUUCAAUAUCAUCUUUUCCAACUGACAGUUUUUGUCACAAUGUAUGUUUGUUAGAUAUCAGCACAAGAACAUUCUCCCUUCAAUUGUUUUGAAUAACUUGGACGUCUUAUUUUCAAAUUUGAGAAUGACAAUUUUCUCAACCUUUGAUGUAAUAAACAUGUAGAAUUGACAAGUUUCUGGAAGGAAAAAACAAUAAUAUUGGAUUUU